AUGGAAAACAUCCUGAGCAAGGUGGACAAAAUCGAGCCGUUCGAUCCGAAGGUGAAGGAAGAAUACAACAAGUUCAAGUACGACGUAACAAAGCAAGCGAUUGAAUCCCUAAGAGAGAGAAUCCCGAAAAGGAUAAUCUACUUCAACACACUGGUCAAUGUAAAUGCAGAGCCAGGUUCUAUCUUAGACACGAGUGACCUAGAUACAGACUCAUACAAAUAUACCUCAAAUCAGACGGAGGAAAAUAUACGAAAAAAGCAUAAGACAAAUGAUCACGAUGUGAUUGAAAAAAAAAAAGAUUCAAUAGAAAUAAAUACAAAAAAUGAUAUUAACCAUGAACAAAAAAAAAUAGUAAUUGAUGAAAAUGUUAUAUACACUCAUUACGUUCCUUCGCACAAACAAAUAAGUGCAGAACUCGAAAAAAUAAAAGCAUAUUCUUCUGAGCUGAUCGAAAUAAUAGGUAAUAUAAAAUUAUGGAUUCAAUUGAAUGUACCCAGAAUUGAAGAUGGAAAUAAUUUUGGAGUUGGGAUUCAAGAGGAAGCUAUACAGGAGCUCGCUAGGGUUGAGGAGAGUGCUUUUAAUUUAUAUGAUGCCAUUGUCAAGUACUAUGUGGAUAGAGCAAAAUUAUCAACCAAGGUUAUUAAGUAUCCUAACGUGCAUGACUACCAGGAAGCUGUGCGGGAGCUAGACAAGAAGGAAUGGAUUCAUAUAAAAAUUACCAUCAUCGACAUGCGCAACAAUUAUAUUAUGCUUUACGAUUUGUUGUGUAAGAAUUGGGAGAAGGUCGUCAAACCCAAAAAUGAAGAUGCCCAUCAUAGGAUGACUUUCUAG